AAACCACCACACACCAGAACCCCAAAAAUCGAAAAUCAAAAACCCUCAAUGGCGACACUCAAAGAAGCAACCUCUUCACAAUCGCAGCAGCAGCCACAAUCAAUGGCGUCAUCAAGUAGCGGCCUGACCUUCAAACUUCACCCACUCGUCAUCGUUAACAUCUCCGACCACCACACACGUGUCAAAUCACAGGCUCAUCAUCCAAACGACGCCGUUUCAGCUCCUCCUAAUCCACCUAGGGUUUUCGGUUGCGUUAUCGGCGUUCAGCGUGGCCGUACUGUUGAGAUCUUCAAUAGCUUUGAACUUCUUUAUGAUCCUUCCACUAAUUCUCUUGAUCGUGCCUUCCUUGAAAAGAAACAAGAGCUCUAUAAGAAAGUGUUUCCCAACUUUUAUGUACUGGGAUGGUAUUCUACUGGGGCUGAUGCUGAAGAGUCCGAUAUGCAUAUACACAAAGCUUUGAUGGAUAUCAAUGAAAACCCUGUGUAUGUUCUUAUGAACCCGUUGAUCAAUCAUGCCCAGAAGGAUCUCCCAGUAACUAUUUAUGAGAGUGAACUGCACGUCAUUGAUGGGAUUCCACAGCUUAUUUUUGUACGCUCCAGCUAUACUAUUGAGACAGUAGAAGCUGAAAGGAUAUCUGUUGACCAUGUUGCACAUCUUAAACCAUCUGACGGAGGUUCAGCUGCUACUCAAUUGGCUGCUCACUUGACGGGAAUACAUAGUGCAAUCAAGAUGCUUAAUAGUAGGAUCAGAGUGCUCCAUCACUAUCUUAAUGCUAUGCAAAAAGGUGAAAUUCCUUAUGAGAAUUCUUUGCUAAGACAGGUGUCUAGUCUUUUAAGGAGAUUACCAGCAAUAGAAUCAGAGAAAUUUCAAGAUGACUUUUUGAUGGAAUACAAUGACACACUGUUAAUCAGUUAUCUGGCUAUGUUCACCGAUUGCUCAAGCACGAUGAAUGAUCUAGUUGAUAAGAUCAACAUCGCAUAUGACAAGCAUAGUCGGAGGGGAGGCCGAACCACCUUCAUCUGAAAUCGCUAAAAAUUAGGACUGGAUGCAUGUCUUUAAUUUUUGGGUUUAUUUUGGUACAGUAGAUCUAGUCAUAUAACAGUAAUUGCUUUUAUGCGAGUGAAGAGUGGUUGAUGAUAGUCCUUUAAAGUGCAUGCCAUUAUAGCUCAGGUAUCAUCUUGUUAUGUAUUUUGGGGUUAGAAACUUUGAAAGAAGAAAACUUUGGACCACUGUUUAUCGGCUUUAUGGGGGGUUCUUAUGAAUGCCAUCAAUUUAAUGCAAAUCCCAAAAUUGGUUUGUUCGGCUGUU